UUUCUAUAACUGCGUUUCAGGUUCAUCUGAGUGACGCACCUGGGAUGGAGGUUCUUGCUAAGUUGCUGUGGGCUGCGGUCUCCACACAACUUCAGUUAAGUGCGCCUGUGUCUGAGUCUCUAGCUCUGUCUGCUUUUCCACCUCUAUCGGCUUGUCCCCCCGUCUCGUUGCCGGCUUGUCCCCCCGUCUCGUUACCUGCUUGUCCCCCCGUCUCGUUGCCUGCUUGUCCCCCCGUCUCGUUGCCUGCUUGUCCCCCCGUCUCGUUGCCUGCUUGUCCCCCCGUCUCAGUGUCUGAUUUUCCACCUCUGUCUGUCUCACCUUCAUGCACCGUCCCUGCGUCACCCUCUUCUGUCUCUGUUAUGCGCCCUGUGCCUGCUUCUCCCCAUGUCUCGUUUAGACAUCCCUUCCCCAGGCUUGUUGUGGACGGCAAGGGGCCUGGUCAGAGUGCUUCACACCCCUUCCACGGAACUGUCGUCGGUGGUGGCCAGAAGGCUUCUGUGUUGGAACCCUGUGUCAGAGGUCCACCUGUCCUGUCUGUGAGGGCUACACUUUCCCAAGCCGACAAAAGAUAUGAUAAGUUUUCACGCAAUCACCAGUGCACAUGCAUGGCUCUAACAUUUUUAGCUUACCACAAUGAGGGGUUAGAGUUUAACACAAUGUUACUAGACAGAGUGAUCAUGAAAGGUGAUAAACUUUAUGUUGCCACUAAACAACAGCUAUUGAGGGAUGGAACAUUUGAAGAUAACCACUUAACGUUUGAAGAGAUGCCUAGGAAUGUAAUGACAGACAGAUACCUUUAUGAAGUACACACAACAGGUUUAAGGGUUGGUCGUGUCUUUGCUCCUUCUGAAAGCCCUCAAAGGUCUCGGCAAAUGGCUUUGUCUCUUGGUGAAGAACUGCGGUGUCUAUCAGAAAAUGUCACCCAUGCAUUUCUUCUGGUGACUCCAGAGUGCAUUGCAGUUUUCAGGGACAGAGAUGGCAGGUUUGGAGUUUUUGAUUCCCACUCAAGAAACUCUGCAGGUCUGCCCCAACCCUAUGGCACUGCAAUAAUGAUGACUUUCAGCAACCGAACUGCCAUGCUGAAACAUCUGCAACGGCUGUUUCAAAACCGUGGCCCGAAUGCCACCUAUGAGUUUGUACCAGUGGGCUUUGUCAGGAAUAAUAGUAAUGAUGACCUACCUCAGGCCUUGACAUUUCAAAAUGUUUCACUUCGCCCCACACAUGCAAAUCCAACUGUCAGAAAACCAGAGAAUGCUUUGAAUGAAAACAAAAUGCCUCCAUGGUUGAAAGAAAUGGACAACGUUUUUGAGGAAGUUAGUCCAACAGCCAAAGCAAGUCCACCUGUUGGAAAACCAGACAAAGAUUUUGAUGAAGAGGAAAUGUCUCCAUGGUUGAGGGAAAUGACAAAUGUAGUAGAAGAAAUUGCUCCAAAAGUCCCUCAGGUGACAAAAGUUGAAAAAGCCAAGAGAAGAAAAAUUAAGUACAGGCUCAAAUCACAGCAGAAACAAAACACUACUACAAAAAUUAGACAAAGUGCAUCUGAAAAACAAAGAUACAAUAAAUCCCCUACAUUUAGGAACAAAAAGCUGCAGGCUUUAAAAGAAAAAUAUUAUCUUCAACAGUCCCAGAGAAGGGAUCACAUGAGAAACAGAUACAAGGUAGAUGAUGCUUUCAAAACAAGACAAAAAAAUUACAUCAAGUUCAAAUAUAACUUUUUACUUGACUUCAGAGCCAGGCAUAAAUCAUACAUUGCUAAGUAUAGAAGAACUCGAUACAGAGAUGAUCCAAUCUUCAGAAGCCAGGAAAAAGCAUACAUAAGAACUCGGUACAGAGAUGAUCCAGUCUUCAAAAACCAGCAAAAAGCAUACAUAAGAACUCAGUACAGAGAUGAUCCAGUCUUCAAAAACCAGCAAAAAGCAUACAUAAGAACUCGGUACAGAGAUUAUCCAGUCUUCAAAAACCAGCAAAAAGCAUACAUAAGAACUCGGUACAGAGAUGAUCCAGUCUUCAAAAACCAGCAAAAAGCAUACAUAAGAACUCGGUACAGAGAUGAUCCAGUCUUCAAAAACCAGCAAAAAGCAUACAUAAGAACUCAGUACAGAGAUGAUCCAGUCUUCAAAAACCAGCAAAAAGCAUACAUAAGGACUCAAUUCAGAGAUGAUCCAGUUUUCAGAAGCCAACAAAAAAUGAAAAUGCGGGAAUCAAUGAAGGAAAAGUACCAUAAACAGCCUGAUUAUUGUGUCCAAAAAAUUAAAAAUAGUGCUUCCAACAACAAAAUAAGGAUGUCAAACAACAUUCUUUCCAGAACCCAGAUACUAUAUCAUGCUCUGCGAAUCAGAAGAAAGUACAAAAGAAACGUCUUCUACCACAAAACUCCACAGCCCCUGAUAACUCAAGAAAUAAAAGCUGCAAUACAAAAGUUUCACGUUAAAAUUUGCCAUGGACCCACAUAUGUCUGCACGGUGUGUCACAGAGCUCUUUUCCCACGUCAAGUAAAGCAUUGUAACAGAGGUAAGUAUACAAAGAACAGGCAAGUGGUGACUGAGUGCUUAACAGGAACAUAUGUUCACAUCUGUGGAUCUGCAUGCUCUGCCCCAUGUUCUGUACCUAAUGAGAGGAUGCAGGAAUGAAUCUGCUUCACAUGUGACAACCACCUAUUUAGAGGAGGGAUGCCACCAAUUGCUGCUGCAAAUGGCUUGCAUCUGUCACCCAUUCCCCCAGAGCUUGCUGAGCUGAAUGUACUGGAAAGGCAGAUUAUUGCAAAAAUUAUCCCAUUUGCAAAGAUCGUGUCAUUGCCAAAAGGACAUCAAAAAGCAGUGCAUGGAGCAGUUGUAUGUGUUCCUUCUGAUAUGGAAACAACUGUAAACAGUCUCCCACGGCCCAACACAGAAGCCCAGCUCUUACAGGUCAAGCUGAAAAGAAAAAUAACAUUCAAAGGACAUCAGUAACAUGAAAAAUGUUCUGGCUGGUCUGACAACACUUAAACAGACCCAUCCUGAUUACAGGGAUGUUACAAUAAAUCAAAGUGCUGCCUGUGAUUUUCAACAGAAUGAGCCAACCAAGGAGUCAAUCCCUGAAUCUGACACUGAUUCAGGUGCAGCAACAGACCAACAACCUGAGCACAUAGGAGAAGAGCAUCAAGCGCUUCGGCCUGGUUUAGUCUUGGACACGUGCAUGCAGCCCCCGGACUUGGCACAAGAAGUGUUAUCUUAUGGAGACGGAAUUUUCAGUAUUGCUCCUGCCCAAGGAAAUAAACCUGUUUCCUUCUUCAGUGUUCCCAGGCUUGAAUCCAUGGCUUACCCAGUCCAAUUCCCCACUGGAAGAAAUACCUUGGAUGAAGUCAGACGAGUCAAGCUGUCUCCAAGUAUGUAUUUCAAUGUACGUCUUUUCUCGAUAGACACUAGGUUUGCGGCAGACCAGAGUUAUCUUUUCUUUGCUCAGUUUAUCACUGAGACCCACAUGGCCAACAGCAGCAUGUCUAUUCAAACACAAAAAGGAAAACUGACGACCAAAGAUGGACAGAACAUUUCCAAUAAAAUGCUCCAGGAUAAAGAAGAGGUGGAAACACUGAUCCACAAUAAAGAGGCCACUCGUUUCAUGCAACCGUUACGAGGCACUCCGGCUUAUUGGGAAAAAGGCCUCCGUGAUUUGCACGCCAUGGUUCGGCAGCUUGGAAAACCUACCUUCUUUGUGACCUUCUCCGCUGCUGAAAUGAGAUGGCCACAGUUCAUUGAGGCCAUCAAAGCUCAGCAUGGACAACAGGUAGAGUUUUCAGAACUUGACUGGAAUGCAAAGUGCGAUAUUCUUAGAAGCAAUCCAGUCACUGUCAUGCGCAUGUUUGACAAGAGAGUGGACGCACUCUUUACAGACCUCAUUCUUUCCCCGGCGCAGCCCCUUGGACCUGUUGAGGAUUACUUUUAUCGUGUGGAGUUUCAGGCUAGGGGUUCACCUCAUAUACAUGCGGUGAUAUGGAUUAAGGAUGCACCCGAGAUGGAAGAUCCGCCAUGUUGCGAUCAGGUCAUAAAUUUCAUCGACCGCUACAUAUGCUGUCAAUUGCCCGAUGAAACCGCAGACCCCGAGCUCCAUAAAAUUGUCAAGUAGGUUCAGAUGCACAGCAGAAACCAUUCCAAAUCGUGCAAGAAACGAAACGUUGAAUGCCGAUUUGGAUUCCCCAAACUACCCAUGGAAAAAACCACGAUCACUGUUCCUCAGUUCGAUGUGGAUUUGGAAGAUGACGAGAAAAACACAGAGCAAGUGUCAGAAACGAAAGUUCUGAAGAACUCCAAAAAAUCCACAUCCAGACAUAUCUCUAAACUACAAACUGAAGCUAAGAAGAAGCUGAAGCCAGUAAGGGAUUUACUGAUGGACGAAAAAACAUCUUUCAAGGAUUUGUCGGAGCUACUCCAGGCUUGUAACAUGACCAGCCAGGAAUACUGAUACUAUGUUGACUCUUUCACUUCUGGCAUGGUGGUAAUGAUGAAGCUUAACCUUGAGGUCAUUUGGGUCAACGCUUACAACCCCAUUCUCCUCCGUGCAUGGAAUGCCAACAUGGACAUUCAGUAUGUGCUUGAUGAGUACAGCUGCAUCGAGUACAUGAUGUCCUACAUAGCCAAGCCAGAGCAUGAAAUGUCACAGUUUCUCAAGUCUGUCAUUGAGGAUCUGAAGAACUCAAAUGUCAACCAACGGGAUGAGAUGAAGAAGAUCAUGCAGGCUUAUUCAAAACAACGAGAGGUCAAUGCUCAGGAGUCUGUAGCCCGCACUGCAGUCUACCUCUUAAGAAGUCGUCAUGUAGUGUCAUUUUCAUUCAAACAGCAGAAGACACUGUGAAAAUGAGUCUUCCAAUGAGCAGACUCAAGAACAUGGGCCCAGAUGAGAAGGAUAUCUGGAUGAAAGGAUUGCCAGACAAAUACAUCAACAGACCUCAAACUGUGGAAUUUGAAGACAUGUGUCUAGCUGUAUUUGUAUCUGAAUACAGGGUCCUGUACGGUAGGCAAAUUAAAGGACCCAAUGCAAUCCCUCUCUUAAACGAAGCCGGCUACAUCUAGAAGAGAACAGUGGGGAAGCCAGCCGUCAUUAGAUUCACUCGUUUCUCUGAAAAGAAACAGCCAGAAAAGUUUUACAGGCAGCUCCUGAAGUUGUACUUGCCACACAGGAGCGACGAGGAUCUCAACAAUCAUGAACACCCUUCAUAUGAAUAAUUUUACAACAAUGGACAUCACCGUAGGUGGCGUGUGAAACAAUGGGUGGACUUUAAUCGCAACAGAUAUGAAGGACAUGGGAAAAAAAUUGACAAGAUCAUGGAAAAAAUGGAAAGACAAGGACCAGUCCGGAAUGCUUGGAACACUUUUGCGCCUGAGGUUAAAGUGGACCGUUUGGAAUGUGUUGCGCAGCGACCAGUGGUGGAAGAAGAUGAAGAGCAGGACCCUGUUCCAGAUUACCAAAUGAAUGUAUCCCUGCCAGCAGUUGAAGUACCAAGCCUAAGCCCUGACUUUGUGAGACAAAUGUUCCGCAGUUUAAAUCACACUCAAUCAUCCAUAUUCUAUGCAAUUCGCCAUUGGUGCCUGCAGCGUGUCUGGGGUCAGAACCCUGAACCAUUCUUUUAUUUCUUGACAGGAGGAGCCGGGUGUGGUAAAUCGCAUGUCAUCAAAUGUGU